AUGUGUCUCUCAGAGCUAAGACUUCUGCUGUUAGGGAAUAAAGCUGCAGGAAAGAGUUCAGUGGGAAACGCAAUUUUGGGCAGAGAUGAAUUCAGCUCCACUACUGCUCAGUGUGUGAGGAGACAGGGAGAAGUCGCGGGGAGGCACAUCACAGUGGUGGAAGCUCCAGGUUGGUGGAAGAACUACCUUGUUAAAGACACCCCGGAGCUGAAUAAACAGGAAAUUAUACUCAGCACGUCCCUGUGUCCUCCUGGGCCGCAUGCUGUACUGAUUGUACUACGUGUGGAUUCAUCGUUCACCGAAACGAACAGAAGAGCAGUCGAGGAACGUUUGGGGUUUUUUGGUGAGACGGUCUGGAGACACACAAUGGUUCUCUUUUCCUUUGGGGACUGUCUUGGAGAAACAUCUAUCGAGCAGCACAUCAAGAACCAAAUGGGUGCUCUCCAGUGGCUUGUUGAGAAAUGUGGAAAUAGAUAUCAUGUCUUUAACAAUAAGACAAUGGACAAGGGUGCUCAGGUUGUUACAUUGUUGGAGAAGAUUGAGGAAAUGGUGAGAGAACACGGUGGUGGCCAUUUUGAAAUGGAGAAAAGUUUAUUAUAUGCAGUAGAAAGAAGAAGAAGGAUGGAUGAAAAGGAAGCAAACGAGAGGAUCAAAAGAGUUUGUAGGCAGAGAGAAACCCUGCUAUAUAAAAUGGGUAUACCGUCCACUCCACAGCUAAGGAUUAUACUCCUGGGGCACAGACAUGCGGGAAAGACUUCAGCAGGGAACACAAUUUUCAGCAGAGAGAAAUAUGAGCUAAGAAGAACUGCUGGGUGUGUGAAGAAACAGGGAGAAGCAGCAGGCAGAGAAGUUACUGUGGUUGAGGCUCCAGGCUGGUGGAACAAUUACCUUGUGAAGGACACACCUGAGCGAACCAAACUAGAAAUUCUGCUCAGUAUGUCCGUAUGUCCUCCUGGUCCUCAUGCUCUUCUCUUGGUCAUUCGUGUGGAUGGCUCGUUCAUCGAAAUAAACAGAGGAGCAAUCGAAGAACAUGUGGAACUUCUUGGUGAGAGAGUCUGGGGUCAUACUAUGGUCCUGUUCACCUGCGGAGACUGGCUGGGAGAUACAGCUAUUGAACAGCACAUCCAGAGUGAAGGAAAUGCUCUUCAGUGGCUUAUCGAGAAAUGUGGGAACAGAUAUCAUGUUCUAGACAAUAACAGCUGGGAAAAUGUGUCCCAGGUUACAGAACUCCUGGAGAAGAUUGAUGAGAUGGUGUCAGGGAACGGUGGAAAUCAUUACAACAUAGACCCUGUGUUCUUAGAGACUGCGACUGAAAGACAGAAGACUGACAAUGAAAGAGCCAAACAGCUUCUAAUGAAAGUUCAGGACAAGAGAAAGACUCUUAGAUCACUAAUGGAUGAUACGCACUGUUUCUCGGAACUGAGGAUGAUUUUGCUGGGCUGUAGAUAUGCUGGAAAGAGCUCUUCAGGAAACACUAUCCUAGCCGGACAGGAGUUUGACUUACGCGGAACUGGUGGGUGCGUGAAGAGACAAGGGGAGGCCGCAGGGAAGCAGAUUACUUUGAUCGAAGCACCAGGCUGGCUGAGAUCUCGCCCCGCGGAGCUGACACCUGAAUCGGACAAAACAGAAAUAAUUCACAGUUUAUCUCUGUGCCAUCUGGGACCUCACAGUCUGUUGCUGGUCAUACAGGCAGACACUUCGUUCACAGAGAAGCACAGAAGAACGGUAGAAGAACACAUGGAGCUUCUUGGAGAACGUGUCUGGAGCCACACUAUAGUGUUGUUCACCUGUGGAGAUAGUCUAGGAGAGACAACUAUCGAACAACACAUUGAGAGCGAAGGAGAGGCUCUUCAGUGGAUUGUCGAGACAUGUCAAAACAGAUAUCACGUCCUUAACAAUGAACGUGGAGAUCGUGGCUUCAUGGUUGCAGAGCUGUUUGAGAAAAUAGAGGAGAUGUUGGUGGGAAACAAUGGUGUGUAUUACAGAUCACCCGGAAAUCUUUUUCUUCGGCCUGCGCCAGACAGAUUGGAAAGAAAACUGAAAAAGGAGAAAAAGAAAGUGAUGAUGAUGGUGCAAGAACAAAACGCAAAGACCGAACAGGCUCCAGUCGACAUCAUAGUCAGUAUGCAGAGUGCAGAGACGCAUGGGAAUUUGAAGGAGAAAGAACAUUUGUCCCUGGCAAAUUUGGAUAUACACAUUCAGAAAGCUGGCAGUAUGCCCACUCCUCUAAACUCUGGUGGAGGCAACACUUCUGAUUCAGGUUCUGAUUAUGGAUCUGAAACCUCCCUGACUGGUUCCAGCAAUUUUUAUACAUCACUGAUGUCAGUGGUUUCAUCCGUCAGCUCUGGCAUUGGAUCUUUGAGAAACUUGGCUACCAAAGGGAUCAACAAGUUACAGCUGUUUAAGACAAGACCUGACCUGAGUCCAGUCACGGUGGUGCAGUGGGGAACGCUGUCGCCUCACAGGAAGAAGGUGCCAGUUUCAGAGCAGCUGGUGAAGAUUGACAGGAUAGUGGUGGAAAACAGUGGUGUCAUGUUUUGA